UGUGUCUCUCUCUCUAUCUAUAUCUCUCUUUCUUUUCCAUGGGCGUGAAGUUCCACUUCCCAGCUCCUCCAGGCUGAGAGGCAACUCCCGAAAUAGCGCUGCUUGCUGGGAAGACUGCAUGCAGGGGGAGAAAAUGGCUGAAUUGGUCUCACCGAUUACUCGACAGGUUUCUACGGAAAAGUGGAAAGCUGGAACCGCAGUUGCCGACAUCAACCUUAAAGAUGUCGAGGACUGUUUGAUUUACGACCGCCGUGGAGUCUCUUUCCUUUUCAAGAGUUUAUAUCAAGACAGCAAAUCGGUCAUUAUUUUCGUCCGGAAUUUCUUGUGCUACAGCUGCAAGGAGUAUGUUGAUGAUUUAAGCAAAGUGCCAAGAGGAGCGCUGGAGGAGGCUGGAAUAAGACUGGUUGUUAUAGGUCAGUCUUCUCAUCAACAUAUAGAGCCUUUCUGCUUGCUGACGGGCUAUUCUCAUGAAAUAUAUGUGGAUCCAAAAAGAUCCAUUUACCUAAAGCUUGGGAUGAAAAGAGAGGAGACUUUCACAGACUCUGCGCUGCCCAGUCCUCAUGUGAAGUCUGGUUUAUUUAUGGGCCAAAUAAAGAGCAUAUGGAGGGCUAUGACCAGCCCUGCCUUUGAUUUUCAAGGUGAUUUGCAUCAACAAGGUGGAGCCAUCAUUGCAGGACCAGGCUCUCAAGUUUAUUUUUGUCAUUUUGAUAUGAACCGACUGGAUCACAUGCCCAUCAGCUGGCUCCUCCAACUGGCUGGAGUUCAACAGAGCCUGGACUUCAGUCCUAAACCAAAAAUUAUGCAUGUGUAGCAUUAAUUAAUUCGGGAUUACUCUUUUCCUUUAAGCUGCUAGAAGUCACACUUCUUUUGUUCCUGUUUAUGGUGUAAAUUAAAGCUCCUGUGUUACCAAUAUUACUUUCUUGUCUGUCAGGGGUCAGUGGUUAAUAUUUUAAUCUAGUGUCACUUUUAGCCUGAUCUUAUCAGGAUAUAGAUACAAACUACAGUAGAACUGACAUGUUUUAUUUACUUAAGUUGGGAAAGUUCCCAGAACUAUGGGAAUGAGUUCAAAGCAAAAAAUUUAAAACUAAAUGUUUAAAAUGUGAAAAGACGACCAAACAUCAGGAAAAAUGAGGUAGUGAUAACUAGUUCUGCCAAUCUGCAUAAGUUAUAGAACUGAAUAUGCAAAAUAUUUCAUUUUUGAUUUACAUGCCGUAUUUUCUUCAGCCAGCGUGUUCUCAACAUUUGUAUAGAUUGCAUUUAUUCACACGUCAAAGCAAAAAGUAGAAUAUUUCUUGUCGUUUUAGUUUUGAAAAGAAACUACAGUCCUUGGUAAAGUGGCUACUUUUAACCUUUUUACAUUGUGUCACAUUUCAGUUUGCUUUCAUGCAAUUUCAUUUGACUGACCAACUUAAAGUCAUGAAUAAUUGUGAUGUAGAAGAUAAAUUAUAAUGUGUUUUUAAAAUUAUUUUUGCUAAUAAAAAAAACUGUGAAGCGCAUUUAUUUUUAGGCCCUCUGAAAAAAACAGUUGUUAUAGCCACUAUUUAAUGCCAGCGUUUGAGGGGAAGACCCAACCAGUUGUGCACACUGAGAGACUGGCAAUUUUGUAUAUUCUUAUAUUUUUUUAUUGCAAGAUACAACAAUCUCAAUCAAACUUGGAAGUUUCUGAAAAAGACAUUUUUCAAGCAAAUGAAAUUAUACAGCUGGGUUCUGUAGUUCAUGUGGCUUGUUCUGGAUUUUAUAUAGGAGUAUCAAAGUAAAUGAAAAGAGAUGGAAUGGUGCUAUAUAAUAUUGCAGCAGCACAAAUUCUAGGACAUUUCUGAUAAAAUGUAUGAUUAGAGCACAAAUGUCUCCACACAAAUGUACACAUAGAGUAGGGUUAUGCAAUAGGAUCCUAUAAAAGUGAGCAGCAACACUUUUAUAGAACCCUACAAAAGUGAAUACAAAGGCAAGCCACACUUUUCAGAUUAUUAUUUUCAAACAUAUUUAAGCAAUCUUCCUUCUAUCUAACAAAUAAGCACUACUUAGUUGAUCUCUCAUACAGAAUCCCAAUUAGAUGCUCUUCAUGCAAGUUUGUUUUCAUAAUGUGAGAAAGUUUUGGCUAAAAGUAUUCACAGCUUUCAACAGGUAUGAGAACUACUUGAAAGAGUUUUUUGAGCUGAGUUAGUUUUCUAUGUUGGCUUUGUUUGUUUUCUAUGAUUCCAUUCAGAGCCUCUCUCUCUAUGUAUAGCGGAGUGCAAUUUUAGAACUGUACUUUGAGUAAAAUUACUGUUGUACUGACGUUUGUAUUCAUCUUUCAAGUUUUUUAAUCAUAUUAUCAAAUAAAAUGUUAUCUCCCAGCUUCA